AUGGAGACCAGUACGCAGUACCAGGAGCCUUCUAUGGGUAUGCGUGCCAUGGAUGGUACAGAUUGCGAUGAGAUCUUUAGGCGCUGUGAACGUCCUAUGGUGGACGUGAAUGCACUUGAAGACAUUGUGAUAUUCCAAACCGAUGCUGACUAUACAAGCUGGUUAGAGAAGGUGGAAGGUGACACUAAGUUCGUGACAGCUGACCAAGUUGCUAACAACAAGGGCUCUCCAAUUGAACAGAAGACAGUUGAGGUGCCAAUAAUUCGGCUGUACGGAGUGACACGUGACCAACACAGUGUGUUGAUUAAUGUGCAGAACUUUUUGCCCUACUUCUACGUGGAAAAACCACUUAAUUUCAAGAAGGAACAUAUACCGCUAUUGAUUGACUUCUUCAACAAGCAUCUCAUGGAGUUACCGGCAUUCAAGAAAACAUGCCGUUAUGUUGUAGACAUCAGCAUUGUUAGGAUCACACCCUUAUUGAUGUACAAGCCCAAUGGCGAGCGUGACUUUCUCAAGGUUACCACCUCGCUGCCUAGAAUGGUUUCAGCGCUCCGCAGCUACAUUGAGUCCGGGAUAGCGCUACCAGUUAUGAAUCCUUCCAAUAGCAACAGCGCCACUAGGAUUGCGUUUCCAAGACAAGUUUGCGAGGCUAAUCUGCCAUAUGUGCUAAGGUUUCUGCUCGAUAGCAAUAUCACAGGUGGCUGUUGGUUGCGGUUGCCUAAAGGCACGUAUAAAGUUGAAAGUCACAAGACUAGUCAUUGCAGCAUUGAGGUGACAACAAACGUGGAGAACCUCAUCCCAAUGCCAUUGGAAGGCGAAUGGCAGUCUAUUGGUCCCAUAAGGAUUUUGUCAUUUGAUAUUGAGUGUGUCAAAUUCACAGGGCCAGGUUUCCCUAACGCCAAAAACGACCCUGUUAUACAGAUCGCUUCCGUACUACAUACGCAUGGUGACAGUCUGGAUUUGGCACAAAAAUUCGUUUUUACAUUGAAUGAAUGUGACAAUUUGCAUGGCGCCCAUGUCCUUUCUUUCGCCACUGAAGAGGAGCUGUUGUUGGCAUGGAAGCAAUUUUUUACAUCAGCUGACCCUGACUUCUUGACGGGUUACAACAUUGUGAACUUCGAUAUACCAUAUCUUAUCAAUCGCGCAAAUGCGUUGCAACUUGAUGGAUUUACACAACUUCCACGGAUUGCACGGGUUCGUACCCAGGUACGAGAUGUCAUCCAAUCGAAUAAUACAUUGGGUACCUUCGAGAACAAAGACAUAAACAUAGAAGGGCGCAUUUUGUUUGAUGUCUACGACCUUGUACGUCGUGAUCAUAAAUUGAAAUCUUAUACGCUAAACUAUGUUUCGUUCGAGUUCCUGAAACAGCAGAAGGAGGAUGUACACCAUUCGACAAUGUCCAAGUUACAACUUGGAUCACCAGCUGACCGGCGUCGUAUUGCAAGCUAUUGUCUAAAGGAUUCUCUUCUUCCUCUUCUUCUGAUUGAUAAAUUGCUGUUAAUUUUCAACUACGUCGAAAUGGCACGUGUGACCUCGACUCCAAUCAAAAUGUUAAUUAGUCGAGGACAGCAGAUCCGUGUGACUAUGCAGAUCUACAGCCAAUGUAAAACAAUGGGUUAUGCAGUGCCAGUGGUGAACGCUGCGCAGCGUGCCGCUGCUGCCGAUGGCACAUACGAGGGAGGAACAGUCCUAGAGCCUCAAAAGGGUUACCACCGUGACCCCAUUGCAGUGCUUGAUUUUCAAUCGCUAUAUCCGUCUAUUAUGAUCGCCCAUAAUUUGUGUUAUUCGACACUGGUGCCCCCGUUUGAUGUGCCUAAUUACCCUCCGGAGGAUCUGACAUCGGUACCGGGUCAUCCCGGUCUCCAUUUCAUCAAGGCACAUGUACGUAAGGGUAUGUUACCGAUGAUCGUGGAAAGGUUAAUGGAGGCUCGUAAACGUACGAAACAGGAGAUGAAAACAUGUAGCGACCCUAUGAUGCGCAGUGUCCUCGAUGGACGACAGCUCGCCCUAAAGAUUACCACAAACUCUGUGUACGGUUACACUGGAGCUUCAAACAGCGGAUUUUUACCAUGCGUAGAAGUAGCUACAGCUAUCACCUCCUUCGGUCGUUUUAUGAUUGUGAACACGAAAGAAAAGAUUGAGCGGUACUUCACGACCGCCAACGGCUACGCAGCCGACGCAAAGGUUGUUUACGGUGACACAGAUUCCGUGAUGAUUAAUUUUGGCACCAAAGAUAUCUCGCGUGCCAUUGAGCUUGGUGUUGAGGCUGCCACAAGAAUAACAAGUGAGGCAGUAAGUCCCAUAACCUUGCUAUUUGAGAAGGUAUAUUUCCCGCUACUGCUGCUUGCCAAGAAGCGUUAUGCAGGGUUAUACUACACUAACGCGGAAACAUACGAGAAGAUAGAUUGCAAAGGUAUCGAAACUGUACGUCGUGACUUUUGUCUGCUGGUACAACAGAUGAUGGAAAAGAUCUUACACAUGCUUUUGAUCGACCUUGAUCUCAACGGAGCAAUUGAAUUUGUCAAGACGAAAAUCAGUGAGCUACUUCGUAAUGAAAUCGACAUUAGUUUACUCGUCGUUACUAAAUCGCUUGGUAAGGUCGAUUACGAUGCUCGACUGCCUCAUGUCGAACUGGCAAAGAAGCUUCGAAAUCGUGAUCCAGGCAAAGCGCCUUCGGUGGGCGACCGUGUGAGUUAUCUUAUCGUAAAGGGUACGAAAGGGCAGCCACAGUUUGAUCGCGCUGAGGAGCCGCUCUACGUGGUAGAGAACAGCAUCCCCGUAGACACGCAGCAUUACCUCGACGCUAUUAAAACUACCCUCAUGAGAAUUUUUGAGGUCAUCAUGCCAAAUCCAGAGUCCCUGUUUUGCGGAGAACAUACCCGCUUUGUAACCAUGACUUCGUCAUCAGACAGCGCCCUAUCUAUGUUCAUGAAGAAAGUAGAACGCUGUCUAGGGUGCAAGACGGUUAUCAAGACGCCGCCGUUCUGUGACCACUGUACCAACGAGAAACGACAGCAGGUAGGUGUCUAUGUAUGUUCGCUUGGCUUUUACGAGUGA